GCAGCCAGGAGUUUUUCCUGCUACAGUCCUCAAACUUUCCACCGGCUCUGACGCUUCGUAAUUAACCCUUCUGGAAGCUGCCGAGGCGUUUCAGGAGCUGGCCGGGUUGUGCGGGAGCGGUGGAAAUCGAGAGGACCCGCGGCCCCUCUCCCGCCACCCCUCCGACCGCUUCCCCUCCUCAGGAGCGGCGCCGCUCGCCCUUGGCAACCACCUCCCGCCUCGGGUCCGCGGCCCGGCCGGCGCCGGCCCCUUUAAAUGGCGGCCGCGGCGCCGCCGUGCGUCCCGCUGAGGCAGCUGGCGGGCGCCGCGCCGCCCUCGCCCCCCUCCAUGGUAAGAGCCGCGGCCGCCGCCUGCGCCCUCCCCGCCGGCGGGCUCCAUGCCCCCGGCCGCUGCCCCGCCGCCGCGCUGCCCCCCCCCGGGCGACCCGUCUGCCGGCGGCGGGCUGCGCAGGAAGUUCAUGAAGUGGAUCAUGGUCUUAUUAGCCAGCUACUUGCUGAUUCAGAGGAGACUCUCAGUCCGUGCACAGAGAAAAUGCAAGGUCCUGCUCAGUACAGCUGGAGUGCUGACUGGAGCUUUUGGCUCUCAAGUUCUACUUACAAAUAUAGGAGUGAGGAAUUCAAGAGACAGUUUUCUCAUCUGCCAGACUCGGAGAGACUCAUAGUAGAUUAUGCCUGUGCACUCCAGAAGGAUAUCCUGCUGCAAGGACGCUUGUAUCUCUCUGAAAACUGGCUCUGUUUCCACAGCAACAUUUUCCGAUGGGAGACCACAAUUUCUAUUGCCUUGAAGGAUAUCACUUUUAUGACAAAGGAGAAGACUGCUCGGCUCAUUCCAAAUGCCAUACAAAUAGCAACAAAAGGAGAGAAGUUUUUUUUCACAUCGUUCAGUGCAAGAGACAGAAGCUACCUCAGUAUCUUCCGCUUAUGGCAGAAUGUGUUGCUGGAUAAGAGGCUGACCAAGCAGGAAUUCUGGCAGCUGGUGCACCAGAGCUAUGGCUCUGAGCUGGGCCUGAACAGCGAGGAGAUGGAGAGCUUUCACUCAUCGUCUGAGGACAACGGGCAGCCUCGAUCCAGCAUUUGUGAUGAUUCUGGAGAAAGGGAUGAAAAACUACAUAAAAUGAUUGGUUUAGUUCGGGAACCUACACUUCAAACAGAAGGAGAGACACUCAGACACGCGUUGCCAGGAGUGGAGGAGUCCCCAACGGAGAAGCAAAUAAAGAAGAGCCCUCUUCCAUCUUCAGAAAGAAAACCUGUUAAGCUAGUCAGGAGCAGGUCUUUAGAAAAGUGCUUGGAUCUGAAUGAGAAUGAAAAUCUUCCAGAGAAGAGCAGUGCCUCAGAUAGCGAAGAAGCAGUGAAGGAGACUGUCUCUGAGAAUGAUCUCUAUGGGAGACUUUUUAUAAACCGAGUUUUCCACAUCACUGCAGACAAGAUGUUCGAAAUUCUUUUCACCAAUUCUCACUUCAUGCAGAGGUUUCUCAAUUCCAGGAGUAUAGUAGAUGCUGUUUCAACCCCUUGGAAUAGAGAUUCCAGUGGCAAUCAGUUGAGGACUUUGACGUACACUGUAACUAUUAACAAUCCACUUUGUGGGAAGUUCACAACUGCAACUGAAAAGCAGAUCCUGCAUAAACAGAGCCAGAAAGGUCAGUCUUAUCAGGUGGAUGCUGAGGUACUGACCCAUGAUGUUCCCUACCAUGAUUAUUUCUACACUGUGAACAGAUACUGCAUCAGCCGCACAUCCAGUCACAAGUGUCGAUUACGGGUUUCUGCAGAAGUGAAGUACAAGAAACAGCCUUGGGGCCUUGUCAAAUCUGUAAUCGAGAAGAAUACCUGGGGAGGAAUACAGGAAAACUUCAAACAACUUGAAUCAGAUCUCCUAAUGGAGGAAUAUGCAAUUAAUCAGUCCAUAGAAGACUCUGGAAAAUUAGUUGCCCUGAGACGAAGACGACGCACUUUACACCGGAGUCUGGCAGAAUCACUUCCCAAACGUUCUUCCCAACACUCCUCUGGUGACAUGGGAAUAGAGUCCCAGGGCAGCAUAAUAGGAAGGAAAAGAGAUGCUGUAAGUAGGACUACCACCAUCAUUGUAGCAAUGAGUGUCUUUUUGCUGCUCUUGGUCUUGCUGAAUAUAACACUGUUUCUCAAACUGUCAAAGAUAGAGCAUGCAGCUCAGUCCCUCUAUCAUGUCCAACUUCAGGAAGAAAGCUCUUUGAACAUAUCCCCAGAAAUGGUAUCAAAAGAAGAGAUCCCUCAGUAUGAUAAGGAACAGGUUAAGCAUGUGAAGGGAGUUUUAAGAGACUCAAUUGAAAUGCUUGAGCAGCUAAAGAUCUCCCUUUCCAUGCUCCAAAGAAGCUUUGACCACUUGAACAGGACACAGAGCAGCAAGACUGAGAGUUAAUACCCACAUCAGGUUUCCGUUCAAGAUGGUGGAAGAACCAGAUGUGUGUGUGAGGACUUGUGGGGUAGGGAUUGCAACUGUCACCUUUGGACUUGUUACUAUUUGGCUCAAAAGCUGCCUGGAAUAAAGGUUUCUGGAAGAAGUAA